GUUUUUUUAUGCCACGCCUUCUCCUUUCUUUGUGAUCCUAUGCACAAACACGUCAAUUAAUUGGUCAAACUGAUUAACUCAAAACCAAAUAAUUAAAACCACAAACCGCCAACAGUUUUUUCAAUCCACCGGCUGCCGCCCCCAGUCCCUUCCAAUUCCCCAAACUCCGUCCACUGACAAAACUAUAAAUAUUGAUUCCCUUUAACUUUCCUAAAAUCAGCUAAAAAUUCCCAAAGUUGUGAGUUCUGAAUUCAAAUUACUAUUAGUAUAUUAUAAGUAUCGUCGAUUAAACAAAGGAUGGCUGAUGUAGCAGCAAAGGAACGCAAGAUCUUAGUCGCCGUAGAUGAGAGUGAAGAGAGCAGUUACGCUCUUUCAUGGUGUAUAGAGAACAUACUCACCGGAAAUUCCAAUGAUACCCUUAUCCUUCUCUACUCAGUACCACCUCGAGCUGUUUACUCUACCUUAGACGGAUCAGGUGAGAAAGAUCACCCUGAAGGGUAUUUGUUUUCAUCUGAUAUAUUGGCGACCAUGGAGAGGUACAGCACUGGAGUUGCACAGUGUGUUAUGAAGAAGGCGAAACGAGCCUGCGAGGCUUUGAAUGGGGUUAAGGUGGAGACGAUUGUUGAGCAUGGUGAUGCAAGGGACGUGAUCUGUCAGGCGGCGGAGAAGUUGCAAGUCGAUAUGCUCGUCAUGGGAAGCCAUGGCUAUGGUGUCAUAAAGAGGGCUUUUCUUGGGAGUGUGAGCAACCACUGCGCGCAGAAUGUGAAGUGUCCAGUCCUAAUUGUGAAAAAGCCAAAAACUGAUGGCAGAAGCAAAUAGAUUUGUUGUACGUUAUGUAAUUUGUAAUUGUUCGUCUAAUGUAAAAUUAAGUAGGCAGGGUUGUAUUUUUUCCUUUUUUUCCUUGAUUUCGUACCUUUUGAAUUAAACUUGGUUAAUAAUUGUAUGGUUGGUUUUCAAAUGUUAAGAGGCAAUUUAUGAAGUGUAUUUUUGUGUAAUAACUGCAAAAUGUACAGUUAUUGUUGUCAUCCCACAUUGCAGAAGGUCACUGUUAUACUUUUAAUAUGGAUUCUCAGGCUGAA